AUGACUGACAGCUUCGACAGCGGCGUUUCACCAGAAAGGCCUCCUUCCCUAGAGUCUACCGCUAGAGAAUCUAAUCACGAUGAGAACGGCGACAGCAAAACAACUCUCCUGAGAACGAGUUGGAGAUCUCUGUUCCGUUUCACGACACUCCUUCAUCUCCCAGCUCUCCUAACAGCUAUUCUACUCACACUCGCUGCCGGCGUCAUAAGGGUGGUGUUCGCUUUGUACCUGGGCAAACUCUUCCAGAUACUCUCACAGUUUGGCAAUGGAGCGAUCACAGGGACCCAGCUCUUGGAACAGGCAAGAGCAAAAGUUUUCAUUUUCCUCAUCUUGGGAGGAUUGACAUGGCUCUUGAGCUCUUGCUUUCUCUUAUGCUGGAUCGUCUUCGCCGAACUCCAGUCCAGGCAGUUGCGUGAACUGCAAAUCGCAACCGCCCAGCCCCUCGGCUUUUUCCUAUUGCACGCUGUCCGAAUUAUAUCCGCCGUGAUACUUGCAUUUAUCAUAUCAUGGAGGGUAACGCUAGUCACAAUGGCUGGGAUUCCAGUCUCCUUUGUCGUUAUUACAUUUACUUCUGCCAGAAUGGCGCCCAUCAUGAAAGCCCAGCAAUCAGAACUCUCGGAGGCUUCUAAGCUGACAUAUGACGCUUUCAAAUCCAUCGAUAUCGUGAAGUGUCUCAACGGUCAAGCCUCGACUUACGCACAGAUGACCGCGCGAAUCAGGUCGGCUGCUCGAUACUAUAUGAAACUGGCCGUUCUCCUUUCAGUUCAAGUGGCUGUGCCACGAUUCAUGUCGUUUUUGAUGUUUGUUCAGGGCUUCUGGUACGGAAGUACCUUGGUUCAGGUUGGGGAAUUGACUCCCGGCGAUGUCUUGACCACAUUCUGGGCAUGUUUGAUAGUUACUCAAUCCGUCUCGCAAAUUGUGCACCAAUCUGCUGCUUUGGAGAGAGGGAAAAUUGCCGGUGAAAAGUUGAUUGAAUAUGUACACGUGCCUGAUAUGGACAUCUCUCGCACAAGGAUACAGAGCGAUAGAUACCCGGAUCUUCAGACUGAAGAUAUCGUAUUGAAAGAUGUUACUUUCGCUUAUCCGCCUAGACUUGACAGACCUGUGCUCAAGUCCUUGAAUGUCUCGUUUUCAGCAGGCAGAACAACGUUCAUCGUCGGACGCAGUGGAGCCGGGAAGAGUACUCUAAUAAACCUGCUACUACAGUUCUAUUCACCGACUUCCGGUGGAAUCUUAGUUGGAGACACCCCAUUUCAAGCUAUCGAUACAUCGUGGGUCCGCCACAACAUAACGUUUGUCCAGCAGAAUAGCUAUCUCUUCAACGAGACUCUCUGGGAUAACAUCGCUUUCGGCUGUCGCAACCCGCGAAGCGUGUCUAGCGAUCAGAUGGAGAUGUGUAUCGAAAUGGCAAACCUGCAAGAAACAGUCAACAAUCUCCCGAACGGAUUAGAAACCAAUGUUGGACUACGGGGUAACCUGCUGAGUGGCGGGCAAAAACAACGGGCUGCUAUUUCACGGGCGAGAAUGAAGAACAGCGCAGUGCUCAUCCUCGACGAGUUCACGAGCGCACUAGACUUUGAUAAUCGAUCGACGGUUAUGGAAGCUGUUCGGAAAUGGAGAGAGGGCAUGACUACUAUCAUUAUUACUCACGACACAUCCAAUAUACUCGAUGAUGACUUUGUUUACGUGCUAGAGGAAGGGAAAGUGGCCGCGUCUGGGCUCAAGAAGGACUUGGUUAAGGGAGACCAACGCCUAGAUUUUGCGGAAGCUACUUCUCCCAAUAAUCUGCUAUCAAGCCACGGAUUGCUGGAUGACGAUUCCAUCAUUCAGUCCGAACAGUCGGGCAAUUCCUUGGGCGAGAUGUGGCUUGCCUCGUUUGAAGGCAGUGAAGGAAAGACAGGAAUUACUGUCGCUGCGUUGGUUGGUAAGAAAAACACUUCCAGUUUGCACGAGCAUGAGGAAAUUUUUUCUUCCCCCUCGUCCCAGAGCUCACCUGAAACCCAAAAACCCCCCGCUGCUGCUCGCCGCAAAUCCGGAGCAGCGCACGUUCGUUUCCCCAGCGUGAAUUCUAACGAGCUUGUACAUUCUCUAUAUAAAUCCCAGACUACCAACACUACAACCAACCGUGCCAUGUCCGAGAGUCGAGGUCAAAACCGGCGUUAUACUGGGGAAUCAUCCCAAUCGGAAAAAGCAGACAUACUUCCCACAACUCUGCCAGUACACAAAACGCUACUCACUAUCCCAUCGAUACUCAAUCUCAGACAGAAGAUCCUCCUAACAACUGCCAUGGUUCUUGCAACUCUUCAUGCAUGUGUGACGCCCAUAUUUUCAUAUCUCCUAUCUCGGCUUUUCGACUCAUUUUAUACGGCAGACCAAAGCAAAGCCAGUUCUGUAGCGCGAACAUUCUCCAUAUCUAUCGUGACACUGGCUGUUGUGGACGGCCUAAUGACUUUUGUCAUGCACUACCUUUUUGAGUACUGCAGUCAAACCUGGAUGGACGAAUUGCGCAGUCGAUCUAUGCAUCGCAUCCUGGCACAGCCAUGUUCGUGGUUUGAACGAAAAGAGCAUAGCCCACUCCAACUCACGAUCUGUCUAGACCAACAUGCUGAAGAAAUCCGUAAUCUGGCGGGGAGAUUUGGAAGUUCUCUAGUGAUCUCUAUUAUAACGGCUGUAGUUGCGAUUGUGUGGAGUUUCUCUCUCAAGUGGCAACUUACCACUGUCAGUCUUGCAUGUGCUCCAGUCUGGUAUGGCGUCAGCAAGGGACUUGAGAUUGUGAAUAAGAGGUGGGAGCGUCUGACGAAUGAUGUCAAUGAGGAAAUUUCGGACGUCUUUUCGGAGGCCUUUACGGAUGUGCAGACUGUGAAGGCUUUUACGUUGGAGAACCAUUUCCGUUCCAAGCUCUCGAUUAUGCUGCGACGAGGGUUGGCGGUUGGAUUCAAACGGGGAUUUUACUCUGGGAUCUUUUACGGGCUUGCUGAGUCGGUGAUUAUUUUUGCAAGUGCAUUGCUUAUUUAUUAUGCGGCCGUUUUGGCGGCUCCUAAAGCCGAAAGCAUUUCGAGCAUCAUGUCAGUUUUGACGAUGAUACUGUUCAGUUUAGGCUAUGCGGUGUCAGUCAUGUCAUGGAUCCCCCAAGUCAAUUCAGCGAAUGACACCGCAACUCGACUCAUCAAGCUCUCCCAGGUACCAUACGGAUCUUUCUCGCACGAGGAUUCGGGUAAACUGCGUGUUUUUGAACCAGUUCCAAUUGAAUUUCACAAUCUACACUUUCACUACCCAUCGAGACCCGAGGCGCGUGUCCUCAGAGAUUUCUCCCUAAAGAUACCCGAGAACAGCUGCACAGCUAUAAUCGGAAGCUCUGGGUCGGGGAAAUCAACCAUCAUCGCUCUUCUGUUGGGUCUCUAUGCGUGUCCCGAUCCUGCGCCUGGCGAAGACGUCACUAUCGCACCACUUACCCUGGGAGGAGUUGACAUCAGACAGGUUCACAUGCCUACUCUACGAUCACUGAUAGGCUAUGUACCUCAGCAACCGAAGCUAUUCGCCGACACCAUUCGAGCAAACAUCACAUACGGCCUCGAUGCAUACUCGCGAUUCAACUCGAUCAAGAACGUUGAAGCAGCCGCCGCCGCAGCGGGAAUAGCUGACUUCAUUCACUCUCUUCCAGAGGGAUAUUCCACGCUGGUCGGCGAAGGCGGGCUAAGCUUGUCUGGUGGUCAGGCACAGCGCCUCGUGAUUGCGCGAGCACUCGUGCGUCAUCCCAGAAUCCUGAUUCUGGACGAGCCAACGUCCAACCUUGACGCGGAGAGCGCGGAGAUCAUCCGUCGCUCGGUGAAGAGACUCUUGGCUGCGCGCCAGGGCCUGACGGUGCUGCUGGUGACGCAUUCCCAGGACAUGAUGGAAAUCGCAGAUAAUGUGGUAGUUAUUGAUCGCGGCGCAGCCGUUGAGCAGGGACCGUACUUGAAUAUGUGGAAUCGCGUGCAUGGCAGCGGACUGCGAGAGAUGCUAGACAUGGAUGUAACUACAUAG